AAAGCAAUAAACCUUUCUUCAGAUAUUUCUCCUUCUUUUCAGUUUCUAACAUGGUAUCAGAGUUAUAAGCUCUUGGUUCUUUUCUCUUAUCAUCGCUGUUGGGUUUUUUGGAGUUGGAUUUUCAAUUCCAUUCCAGAUCUGAAACUUUGUCAUUGGGAUCUCUUCUCAUACAGAUUGGAUUGUUUAUCCUCGAUUCUCAGACCCUUUCUGAGUUGCCAAAGAAGUGAUAGAACAACCUAAUGUCAACCUUGAAUCCCUAAAACAUGUGAUAUUAAAUCUUGUUAAUGCUCCUACUGCCUUAUCUAUUGCUCCGGGACCCACGGACAUGACAACUUCUUGGAACUAGUCGCAAGGUGGGGCGUUUGUUUGAGCUCAACUAUCUACAUAUUCUUGAUAAUAAAAUGGAUACACCAUCAUUUCCAAAUGAUCGAUUCACCCAAACCCUGCUUCGUGCUAUUGAAUUAGAGUCUUUGCAAAUUCCAUAUCAACAAAUCUUCCAAGUCUGUGCUGCUACUAACAUUUCUCCUCUCCAUUUGUGGCACUCACGACUCGGACAUACCUCUGUCGGUAAACUUUGUCCACUUAUCUCUCGUGGUUUAUUAGGAUCAGUUCCGAAUGAAUCUGUGCAUUGUGUGUCAUGUCAAUCUGCAAAGCAACCAGCUUUAUCUUUUUCGAGUAGUCAUUCUCAUUCUACUGCUCCUUUUGAUCUUGUGCAUUCUGAUGUUUAGGGUCCAUCUCCUACACCCACCAUGGGGGAUUCCAGGUACUUCGUGUUAUUUAUUGAUGACCAUACUCGUUUUACCUGGAUAUACCUUAUGAAAAGUCGCUCUGAAUUAUCACAAAUUUAUAUUGAUUUUGCUACCAUGGUCAAAACCCAGUUCUCUAAAAUUAUCAAAGUUUUGAGAACUGACAAUGCUACUGAAUAUCUUGGUACUAAACUUCAAUCUUUUUU